GCCCACGCAGGCGCUGGCCUUGCUCAGCGAGCUCCGGGGCCUGGCCGUGGAGAAGGACCUGGAGCUCCGAAGACAUGGAGGCCGAGAGGGAGUUCCUGCAGUGCAGCGCCUACCCGGAGCUGCGGACCUUCUGUCAGAAACACGGCCUGGUGUUCGAGGCCGUUGAUCUGCGGUGGGGCAUCCGCAACCCAGAGGCCACGGCUCUCCUGACCCUCGACCUCUGCUUGGAGGAGCUCGGCCGAUGCCAGCAAACAUCCACAGGCCCAGCGUUCGUGGCCCUCCUAGGCAACCAGUACGGCCCCCGUCCCAUCCCCCAGUGCAUGGAGGAGAAGGAGUGGGAAGCCCUGCGGUCCCAGCUGGCCCCCAGGCCGCGGGAGCUGGAGCUGCUAGCUCGCCACUUCCAAAAGGACGAGAACGCGGUCCCCGCCUCCUACGUCCUGCAGGCGCCCAGCGCAGAGGAGACCCCGGGGCCGGAGGAGGCCACCUUGGCCUCUGUCCUGCACGAGGGAGCCCAGGAGGCCUGGAGGCGGGGCCGAAUCAGCAAGGAGCAGUGGCACCGCUACCACUGGUCAGUCACGGCGUGGGAGCUGGAGUUGGGCCUGCUGCGCUCGGCGGCGGGAGCCCAGGGAGCCACGGUGUUCGUGCGGGAGAUCGCGGACCUGCAGCGGCACCUGCUGGAAGACUGCGCCGUGCCGACGGCGGACCGGCUCCCCGACGGCUGCCCGGACCUCGGCGCCCAGGCCCUUCUCGGCAGCCUCAAGGGUCGCGUCGCCGAGGCGCACCCCGACGCGCUCAGAUCCCACCGCCUGCCCUGGAGCCGGGACCUGGGCACGCGCAAGAGCCGAGCCCACGCCCCCUACCUGCAGCAGCUGAGCGAGCAGUUCGUGGCCAGGGCCACCCACCAGGUGCUCCGGCAGCUCCGCGAGCUGGAGGCGCCCGCCGCGCACGGCUCGGCCUGGCUCUACCGGGAGAUUUGCCACCACCUGCGGCAGAGCGCCGAGCUCACCCGCACCUUCUGCGGGCGCCGGGAGCUCCUGGCCCAGCUCGGGCGGCGGCUCAGCCACGACGACGGCCGCCCGCACCCGCCGCUGGUGCUCUGGGGGCCCCCGGGCGUGGGCAGCAGCGCCCUGAUGUGCCGGCUGGCCCAGCAGAUCUCGUCCUCGCCGGGGCUGAUGCCCUCCAGGACGGUGACCGUGUUGAGAAUGCUGGGGACGUCUCCGCUGAGCCGGGACGCCCGCGGCCUCCUCCCCAGCCUGUGUUUCCAGGUGUGCCUGGCCUACGGGCUGCCGCCGCCCCCGGCCCAGGUCCUGGCCGCCCACUGCAGGGUGGUCCAGUUUUUCCACACCCUGCUCCACACCGUGUCCCGCAGAAACUUCGAGUCGCUGGUGCUCCUGCUGGAUUCUGUGGAUGACCUUGACCCCGGCCGCUGGCCACGCAAGAUGCCCUGGCUGCCGGCCCGGUGCCCGCCGAGGGUGCACCUGGUCCUCUCGGCCUGUUCGGGGCCAGGGGGCUGUUUGGAGAGCCUGCGGGAGACCCUCGGUGACCCAGACGCCUACUGGGAGGUGCAGCCCCUGUCUGGGAACCAGGGGCGGGAGAUGAUGGAGCUCCUGCUGGCCACGGCGAACAGGACGCUGAGCCGGCCGCAGAGGGACCUGCUUUGGGCCAGCCUCCCUGAGUGCGGGCACCCGGGGCGCCUGAGGCUGGCCUUUGAGGAGGCCCGCCAGUGGGCGUCUUUCACCACGCCGGCCCCUCUGGCUGCCACGCCCGAGGAAGCCACGCACCAGCUCUGUGCCCGGCUGGAGCAGACGCACGGGCGGCUGCUGGUGGCCCACGUGCUGGGCUACAUCGUGUGCUCGCGGCACGGUCUCUCGGAGGCGGAGCUCAAGGACAUCCUGUCCCUGGACGAUGAGGUGCUGCAGGCCGUGUACCGGGAGUGGACCCCGCCCAGCAAGGAGCUGCUGCGCUUCCCGCCUCUGCUGUGGGUGCGGCUGCGGCGGGAUCUGGGUCACUGCUUGGCCCGACAGCCGGGGGACGGCUGCACGCUCCUGGCCAUCGCCCACAGACAGCUAGCCCAGGUGAUCCGCCAGCGCUACCUGUCAGGGCCGGAGGGAGCCAGGCGGCACAGCGUCCUAGCCGACUUCUUCUCGGGCGCCUGGAGCCAGGGCACCAAGAAACUCAUCACCCUGCCGCUCGUGGGGAGGCCCCUGAACUUGGACCGCCAGGCCGCCCCGCAGCCCCUGUGGUUCUCGGACUCCGUGGCAAACCUGCGGAAGCUGCAUGAGCUGCCCUGGCACCUGCUGCACGCGGGGCGCCUGGCGGAGCUGAAGCAGGAGGUGCUGGGGAACCUGAGCUGGAUUUCCUGCCGGGCGGAGUCGGGGGGCAUCGAGAGUCUGCUGGACGACUUCGACCUGUGCGCCCCUGCCCUGGGCUGUCCCGAGGCCGACCUGAUCCGCGGGGCCCUGCAGCUCUGCCGCCCCGCCGUGGAGCUCCGGGGCGCAGCGAGAAGCAUCCUAUACACAGAACUCCUGGCCAGGCUCCAUUUCUUCUCCACCUCGCACCCAGCGCUGGUGGGGCAGCUGUGCCAGCAGGCCCAGAGCUGGUUCCGGGCAUGCCCACACCCCGUGCUGGUGCCCCUGGCAGGGUUCCUGCAGCCCCCGGGAGGUCCCCUCCGCGCCACCCUCACCGGCUGUCACAAAGGCAUCACCGCCCUGGCGUGGAGCCCGGACGAGGAGCUGCUGGUGGUCGGCACGCAGGACGGCGCUGUGGUCGUGUGGGACACGGAGGAGCAGCAAGUGGCGCACUUCCUAAGCGGACACUCGGGAGAGGUGAGGGGCCUGCGGGUGUUCUGCGCGGGCCGGAGCGCCGUGUCCGCCUCCAGUGACCGCACGCUGCGCCUGUGGGACCUGCGCAGUGGCUGGGAGAAGUCCACGCUUCAGGAGGGAAGCCCGCCGGCCCCAGCACCCUGCGCCUGGAGCCUGCACGUGGACGAAGCCGGUGGGGUCCUGUACUCGGCCCCUGGCUCCCAGAUCAGUGCUUGGGACCUGGAAUCUGCCGAGCUGGUUUUCCGUGUCCUGGGCGACCCCGCGGACCCCUGGCUGUGCACGGCCGUGCUGGCUUCCCCGACCAGGCUGCUGGCGGUGUCCAGGGGAGGCGUGGUCCGUCUGUGGCACUCAGCCACGGGGAGCCUGCAGGGGGAGCAUCGUGUGUCCGGGAUCGCAGAAGAAGAGACCCCCACCUGUGCGAUCUUGGCGCAGAAGCAAGGGAAGGUGGUUACCGGGUUCAGCGACGGCUCCGUCUCCUUGGUCUCGGCUGAGGAGGACAGGCUACUGGAGAAGCUUCCGGACGUCGUGGGGUUCCUGGUGCUCUCGGAGGACGAGUCCCUUCUCGCCGCAGGCUUCGGCAGGUGGGUGCGCAUCCUCCUGGCUGACGGGCGCGGCUUUCACCGGUUCCUGGCCACCGACCUGAAGCACGAGGACGUGGUGGAGACGGCGGUGUUCGGCCCCCAGAACAACCUGCUCGUCACGGGGUCCCGGGACGCGCUCAUCCAGGUGUGGAGUCUUUCGGAACAGGGGAGACUUCUGGACGUCCUCCAGGGCAUUGGGGCCCCCGUGAGCCUGCUGGCCCGCGCUGGGGCUUUGGUGGCAUCUGCCUCCCCACUCUCGUCCUCCUGCCAAGUCUGGGACCUCCGGGCCGCUCAGAGACCCCGGGCUGCGGCCACCUUCCCCGGCCGCACGGGGCUCACCGCCGUGUCCCACGACGGCAGCUUCGUGUACUUCCCCAAGGUCGGGGAGCGGCACGCCGUCAGCGUCUGGGACGUGGCGGAAGGUGAAGAACAAGACGCCCUGGACACAUCCAGCGAGGUCCGGUGCCUGGAGGUGGCCGAGGAGGCCAAGCUGCUGUUCACGGGGCUUGCUUCGGGGGUGGUCCUCGUGUUCCCCCUGCACUCCAGGCAGGACGUCCUGUGCAUCCCCCCUCCCGAAGCCCGCAGAGCCGUCAACUGCAUGGCCUUGAGCAAGAGUGAGAAGUGGCUAGCCGUCGCCUACGACAGUGUCGUGCUGGUGCUGGCCAUCGGCCCCGGGGAGCCGUGCCCGGUCAUCGAGGGCCCCACGUACACCGUCUCCCCCGGGCUGCCCGAGCCCAUCGCCAGCGUGGCCGUGCUGGCCGACUCCCGCGUGCUCUAUGGCACGGCCGCCGGCGGCCUCUUCCUCCACGAGUGUGCCAGUUCCCGGGGGUUCCCGCUGGAGGCCCACGGGAGCCAUGUGGGCUGUGUGGACGUCAGCCACGGGGAGCAGCUGGCCGUGAGCGGGUCCGGGGAAGCCCUGCUCUGCCUCUGGGACCUGCAGGUGCGCAGGUGGAAGUUCCAGAUGAGCUGCACGAGUUCCUACUGCGGGGGUGUCCAGUGCGCCCGCUUCUCCAAGGACGACGAGUACGUGUACGCGGGCAUGAAGGACCGCUCCCUGACGGUGUGGAGCGCGCUGGACGGCACCCUGCUGGCCGUCCAGUUCGUCCACGCCGUGGUGGACAGAAUCAUCCCCACGGCCGGGGGCUUCCUGGCCCCCAGCAGGCACGGGUAUCUCAUCCGCGAGCGUUUCCAGCGCCCCGCGGCGAGAACCGCGCAGCAGGAGCCGCUGCACGCCUUCCAGAAGGCAGCGUGGAUGGUCAGAGCCAGGCAGAGAGAGCAGCGGGCGGCGGCCGCGGGAGCUCCGGAGGCCUCGGGGUCGGAGCGGGCCCCGGGGAAGGAGCCCACGCCCAACAGGCGCUCACAAGUCUGCGUGAUAGUGUAG